AUGUUUAUUGAGAUGGCGUGGAACUUCUCCAUAUCUGGAGCUUUUCACCUGCACUGCACAGCUACUCGGCAAUCUGCAAACACAGGUGACCUUCAUGGAGCAACGUGUAGAAGUGUGCGUCAGCGCGGGCGUUUGUCCAUUCCACGUCCAGCGUCUCACAGUGCUCCUUAUAUCGAUGCAAAUGUUUGCUCUACUCCUUUCGCAGCUCUCUCCUCAUACGCCUUUACGAAGAAGGAGAAGGUGUGCAGUAAGGCUUCAGCGAUGAACAGCCCCAAACUCUCUAUUCGACUUCGGAGGAAAUGGAUGCACAGGACUUCAAAGAAGAAGAAGAAGAAGAAGAAGAAGGAGCACAUUGUCUUCCUUGAGAAUGCUAAAACUGAGCAUGAGAUGGAGAUGGCCUUUUGUCGAAAUCGGACUGAAAAUGUAUACUGA